AUGGUGGUUUAUGUCGGGUCACUGGCUGCCGGCUCGUCCCUCGGGCCCAUCAUCUCGGGCGCCGCGGCGUCGGGCUUGAACAGCUGGAGGGCGCACCUGUGGAUCCUCUCGGGCGCUUCGUUUUUCAACCUCGUGGGACCCGCCAUGUCUAGAGAGGUCGGCACCGAGGUGAUCGCGGCGAGGGAGAUAGUCGUGGCGGCCCUGUACGCCCAGUCGCCGCUGCUGUGGAGCCCGCGCUCCAUUGGCCUUAUCAACGUUGCGCCCCUCAUCGAUCUCGCCAUCGGCCUGCCGCUCGGCGGCGCCCCUGCCGACAUGCUCAACAACCGGUCGGCAAGGAAGGCCAACGGCGUGCACGACCCCUCGGCCCGCCUGCCCGCCGUCCUCAUUGGAGGCCUCGUCAGCCCCGCCGGCUGCGUCGUCAUGGGUUUCGCCCGGCAGCGGCCGGACAAGUGGAUCAAAGUCUGUGUCGGCCGGGCCAUGCUGUCUUUUGGGCUUACCGCGUCGGCCAACGUCCUUCUCACCUACUCGGCCCAUUGUAUGCCGAAUCGGGCAGGCCACAUCGGCGUCGUUGUUAACGUGGCCAAGAACUGCGUUGGGUUCGGCGUCUCGUCCGCGUCGCUGAAGUGGCUGGCCAUGGCUGGUCCAGUCAGACAGUUUGGUGCCAUGUCGGGCAUCCUGUUCGCUGUCUAUCUCCUUGUCAUCCCGCUGUGGGCUUCUAAGGGGGGCCGGGUUUCCCGUUUGUCUGACGUGCUGGAGAAGAAGCUGUUUUUUUGCGACUCCGCCUCGCUUCGACUAGGGUGGUCUACUGGAUAUUACAGGAGCGUGGGACGGGACACUCUGUCGUAG